AUGGCGACCAAACGGCCAGCACCUCAGGUGCACUCAUCGCGACAAGCACAAGUACCGGGCGAACCGAAGCGCAAGCGACAAAAGCCUGAUAAUGCGGGCCCAAAGUCGUUCAAGAAGGCGCAUCCAGUCAACGAGCUCAAAUCGCAAAUACGAUCACUCAAACGCCUGCUCGAGCGCGACGAGAAGCUACCAGGCACUGUCCGGAUGGAGAAGGAGCGGCAAUUGCAGACUGCGGAACGCGAGCUGGUCGAUACGCAAAGGGCAAAGCAGAAGAGCGACAUGAUCAGCCGUUAUCACAAGAUCAGGUUCUUCGACAGGCAGAAAGCUACGAAGCGGCUGAAGAGAGUACGGAAGGAGCUGAGAGCGCAUGAAGCUGAUGAUGAAGCUCGUGCGCAGCUUGUGAGGAGGGUUGACGAUGGGGAGGUGGACGUGAAUUAUGCUCAAUAUUUCCCUCUGGACCAGCAUUAUGUGUCUCUCUUUCCCCGCAAAGGUGUGGAUCAAGAAGAUGGAGCGGAGGACGAUGAGGGUGGUGAGAAGGAUGGCGUAGAUGGGCGCAAGGGCGACGAAGAGAUGUGGCAGCUCGUCAAGCAGUGUAUGACGCAUGGGCGGCUAGACGAUCUGAGGCAUGGCAGGCUGUCGCAAGGCGACCCGGAGUCUUUGACAGGCAAUGACAUGGAGAAGCAGAGGAAAGCUGGUGCAAAGGCAAACAGUAAGCCAUCGGAAUUCCAGCGAGGCCGUGAUGAAGAGGGCCGGGGUGAUUCAGAGGAUGAGACCGGCGGAGGCUUCUUCGAGUGA